AUGGCAUGGGCACAGGGGGAUCUGACAUCCUCGCUCUCCGUCGUCAUAACCUUGGCUGCCUGCCUCUCGGCCACCACCAGCGAAGUGAACUUGCUAGACACGUCAACAAUCCUGGGAGACUGGGGCUGGAUGACUUACCCCUCACACGGGUGGGAUUCAGUCAAUGAAAUGGAUGAGUUUUUCAGCCCCAUCCACACCUACCAGGUCUGUAACGUCAUGACCCCCAACCAGAACAACUGGCUCCGGACCAACUGGGUGCAGCGGGACGGAGCACGGCGGGUGUAUGCAGAGAUCAAGUUCACGCUGAGGGACUGUAACAGCAUGCCAGGUGUGCUGGGCACCUGCAAGGAGACCUUCAACCUCUACUACAUGGAGUCUGACCGGGACCUGGGCACCAGCACCCGGGAGAGCCAGUUCCUGAAGAUCGACACGAUUGCAGCAGAUGAGAGCUUCACCAACGUGGACCUGGGCGUGCGGCGCCUGAAGCUGAACACAGAGGUGCGGGGCGUGGGGCCGCUGAGCAAGAGGGGCUUCUACCUGGCCUUCCAGGACAUAGGUGCCUGCAUUGCCAUCGUCUCGGUGCGUGUGUACUACAAGAAGUGCCCGGCUACUGUGAGGAACUUGGCGUCCUUCUCCGAGGCUGUGACCGGGGCAGACUCGUCCUCCUUGGUGGAGGUGCGGGGAGAGUGCGUGGGCCAUUCCGAGGAGAGGGACACCCCCAAAAUGUACUGCAGUGCUGAGGGAGAGUGGCUGGUGCCCAUCGGGAAGUGUGUGUGCAGUGCUGGCUAUGAAGAGCAGCGGGAUUCCUGCAUGGCCUGCCAGCUGGGAUUUUACAAAUCAGCCCCUGGGGACCAGCUGUGUGCCAAAUGUCCCCUUCACAGCCACUCGGAGAGCCGGGCAGCUCGUGUGUGCCACUGUGACAGCAGCUUCUACCGCGCCAUGCAGGACCCCCCCUCAGCUGCCUGCACACGGCCCCCCUCUGCUCCCGUGAACCUGAUCUCCAGUGUGAAUGGCACCUCUGUGACCCUGGAGUGGGGCCCACCCCUGGACAAGGGCGGCCGCGCGGACAUCGUGUACAACGUGCGGUGCCAGCGCUGCGCGGGGGCCACGGGGCCGUGCGAGGCCUGUGGCAGCGGCAUCCGCUUCGUGCCGCAGCAGAUGAGCCUGGUGCAGGGAGCGCUGACCGUCACCAACCUGCUGGCACACACCAACUACUCCUUCUGGGUGGAGGCCGUCAAUGGCGUCUCUGACCUCAGCCUGGAGUCCAGGAGAGCCGCGGUGGCCAACAUCACGACAAACCAGGCAGCCCCGUCACAGGUGGUGGUGGUGCAUCAGGAGAGCACAGGCCAGAACAGUGUCACCUUGCUGUGGCAAGAGCCAGAUCAGCCCAACGGCAUCAUCCUGGAGUACGAGAUCAAGUACUAUGAGAAGGACAAGGAAAUGCAGAGCUACUCAACUCUGAAAUCCAAGAGCACUACUGCCACCAUCUCUGGGCUCAAGCCUGCAACCCGCUACAUAUUCCAGGUGCGGGCUCGCACCUCUGCUGGCUGUGGGAGGUUCAGUCAGACUGUGGAGGUGGAAACGGGGAAGCCAGCGUCUCUCCGGUACGACACAAUGACGAUUGUCUGGAUCUGCCUGACACUCAUCACUGGUCUUGUCACCUUGCUGGUGGUUCUGAUCUGCAAAAAGAGGCACUGUGGGUACAGCAAGGCUUUCCAGGACUCUGAUGAGGAGAAGAUGCAUUAUCAGAAUGGGCAAGUGAAGUUCCCCGAGUCCAAGUUCUAUGUGGACCCCCACACAUAUGAGGACCCCUGCCAAGCUGUGCAUGAGUUCACCCAUGAAAUAGAGGCCUCCCGGAUCAAGAUUGAGAAGGUCAUCGGGUCUGGGGAGUCUGGAGAGGUGUGCUAUGGCCGCCUGAAGCUGCCAGGGAAGAGGGAGAUUCCCGUGGCCAUCAAAGCAUUGAAGGCAGGCUACACAGAGAAGCAGAGGCGGGACUUCCUUAGUGAGGCCAGCAUCAUGGCACAGUUCGACCACCCCAACGUCAUCCACCUGGAGGGGGUGGUCACCACGAGCAAAUUGGUAAUGAUUGUUACUGAAUACAUGGAGAAUGGCUCUCUAGACACCUUCCUCAGAAAACAUGAUGGGCAAUUCACCAUCAUCCAGCUGGUGGGGAUGCUGCGGGGCAUUGGGGCAGGCAUGAGGUACCUGUCUGACCUGGGCUAUGUGCACCGGGACCUGGCCGCCCGCAACAUCCUGGUCAACAGCAACCUGGUGUGCAAGGUGUCUGACUUCGGCCUCUCCCGCUUCCUGGAGGACGACCCCGAUGCUGCGUACACCACCACGGGUGGGAAGAUCCCGAUCCGCUGGACAGCUCCUGAGGCCAUCGCAUACCGCAAGUUCUCCUCAGCCAGCGACGUGUGGAGCUAUGGAAUCGUCAUGUGGGAGGUGCUGGCCUACGGCGAGCGGCCCUACUGGAACAUGACCAACCGGGACGUCAUUACCUCUGUGGAGGAAGGCUACCGCCUGCCUGCCCCCAUGGGCUGCCCCAGCCCCCUGCACCAGCUGAUGCUGGACUGCUGGCAGAAGGAGCGCAGCGAGAGGCCUCGCUUCUCCCACAUUGUCGGCAUCCUGGACAAGCUGAUCCGCAACCCUGACAAUCUCAAGUGCACAGGCACCAUCAACAGGUUCACCCAGACACGCUUGGACAGGGGUCUCCUGGACCUGAGCAGCUGCUUGACUGUGGAGGACUGGCUGGACUCCAUCCGCCUGGGGCACUACCGGGACAACUUCGCCAUGGCUGGGUACUCCUCCCUGGGCAUGGUGAUGCACAUGAACAUCGAGGAUGUUCGGAGUCUGGGCAUCACCAUGAUGGGCCACCAGAAGAAGAUCUUGAGCAGCAUCCAGGCCAUGAGAUCCCAGCUGCUGAACACAAAUGGCCCCAGGAGGCAUCUAUGA